ACACGGGCAGGACUGCGGUAGUAAACAGGUCUAAUCUUGGCAGGAGCUGCGGUGCUGUAAAUAACGCUGGAAGCACUCCUCGCUCAAGCAACCGCCUCCCCAGAAACUCAGAACUACUGGAGAUAACAGCGUGAAGACAGUGUGGAGAAGGUGUGAGGAAGAAGAGCACGAAGAGGAAGAGAAAGAGGAGGGGAGCAGAAGUGGUGGAGGCUCAGAGUCAGACUCAGACAGCCGGCAGGACCAUGGCUCUGGUCAGGAUCGGACUUCAGCUCCAGCUCCUGCUCUACUCCGUCUCAGGCUUCUUGACUACUGAGCUCCAUAACCAGAUCCCGCUCCCUACAGUGCUGGCUCCAGUAGAGGUCCUGAAUAGAUUUGACCCCUGUUGCCUCCAGAGUCCCCCGCCGCCACCCCUGUUCCCACCCCCACCCAGUGCCAGGAGAAGAGCUCGGGUGUUUCCAGAAUAUGUGGAGAGAAAAAGAGGGAGAGAAGAAGAUAAGGACGAUGUGAUACAGCAAUGUCUCGCUGGACCUCCUGGACCUCCUGGACCUCCUGGACCGCCGGGCCAGAGCGGCAGUCCAGGAGUGCAGGGUCCCAAGGGAGAUAAGGGGGACCUCGGCCGGCCAGGCUCAAAGGGUCACCCCGGGCGGCCUGGUCUUCCUGGGAGGCCAGGGUCUGCAGGAUGGCCUGGGCCCCAGGGACCAAAAGGGGAGAAGGGGGAACCCAACCUGACAGGAAGUCCUGGGAUGAGUGGACCGGUGGGACCCAAGGGUCUGCGGGGAUUUAAAGGAGAGAAGGGUUCACACGGGUACCCAGGAGCUCCAGGUCCAAAGGGAGACAAGGGUGUAAGCGGACACGUUGGCAUGCUGGGACCGAAGGGUGAAAUGGGACUGAAGGGAGAGGCUGGUCCGACUGGGGCGCGAGGUUCUGCAGGACGGUCCGGGAAAAGAGGGAAGCAGGGAUCUAAGGGAGAGACUGGACAAGUCGGACCAAUGGGACCCCCUGGCCCUCCGGGACCCAACGGACAGCCAGGACCACCAGGAGUUCCUGCCUCAGUGCUGUAUGUGGGGGGAGAGAAGGGGGACACGGGGGUGCCAGGUCCCCCUGGACAGUGUGACUGCAGCUCGUUUGACUCCAAUGGUGCUGGGAGCGCAUCACUGCAGCGCAGAGACAAGUUCACCAAGGUUUCAGCAAUCUUUGUGGUGAACGCUGACAAGGAACUCGGUGACCUGGACACAGAUAACACGCUCGCUUUCUCCAAACAGCAGAGGGCGCUGUACUUUAGAGACACGGACGGAUGGCAGCCGAUUCAGCUGCUCCCACUGGCCGAGACGCACAGGAAGAAGAGAGCACUGUGGAGGUGUGGGGACGGAGAGGUGCAGCCACUAAACGGAGAGGAGUGUGAUGACGGAAACAGAGUGGUGACAGAUGGAUGUGUGGGCUGUAGAAGGGCUUACUGCGGAGACGGGUUCCGCCACAUCGGCACUGAGGAGUGUGACGGAAAGGACUUCGGCUAUCACACAUGCAAGACUUACCUGCCAGGGACAUACGGACAGCUCAGAUGCACCGAGUCCUGCAUCAUCGACUCCACCGGCUGCAAACCCGUCACCUGAGCUUCUGACACACACCUGCAUGCACGAGUGCACGUACGGGUCGUCCUGCAGGUCUGAAAGUGUCGAGCUCUCGGCAUCAUGACACAGGAUCAGUGUGGAGAGAGGGUUAAUAAAGGUCAUGACUCUAUUUAUUACAUUUAAUAUUAUUUAUUAAUGUCCUUAUUUCAUUUAGGAGCGUUAGGAGUGUGUGUGUGUGUGUGUAUAUAUAUUUGCGUGUGUGUAUGCAUGUGUAGAUGAACACAGCAGAAUGUUACACUUUUGCACUCACACUGUUCCUCAGAUGAGGAUUAGCUGAAACGUGUAACAGGAGAAAAUGUGUGACGCUGAUAUUGAUGUCAUGAAAAGCUUCAUGUGCAUAGAUUCCAUUUCUAAUAAAAUGUAGUAAAGUGCAGACUUGGAUAUAAGAGUCCAGAAUUACAUCAUCAAAUAAAUAAUUCUCAUUUAAAAAUAGGAAAAAACAUCCUUGAUCCUUGAUGUGUGAAUUUUGACCACUGAUUAAGAUUAAAUAAAUUUUUACCACUGCAUGUAUUUUAUUUGCCAUGACUGCUCUGUGUGUGUGUGUGUGUGUGUGUGCUAAGAAAUAGUCCACCUGUAUUCUUUACGUGUCUAUUGUUUUUAUUAAAUUGCGAGUACAAUAAAAUAUGAUUCAGUAUAUUUAGUUAAAUAUUAUUUAUUUCAUUAGGACUCAGAAUUGUGAAACUUCUCUCGGGGUCCAGGAGGUGGCACAGUUUCUCAGAGUGUCUCGCAUGAAUGUGUUUAUACAGUACAGGACAU